GCACCCCACUCUAUCGUCACCAUCCACCACCCUCCCGCACGUGCGACCUCCCCUGCCCCACACGUGGCAAGGUCCCUCCCCGCCAAAAAUAUUCCCCUAUAAAUACAGGUCCCUGUCUCGGUCGACCAGACACAGAUCAAACACUGACACCCACAUCACCCAAAUGGCCGAGGAAUCUGUCGACGCCCAGAAGCUUCGUUCCGAGUUUCACAAAGUGUUGACUAGCAGGCGAUGUGGGCAAGUUCCGUUGACGGUGGAACAGGCGAAACCGGUGACUGAACCUCUGUUUCAGGAGGCUAGCCCUCCACGGUUCAGCCAGGCAAUGAAUGCGUGUCCCAAGGCUGACAUUACCAACUUUAAGGAGAAGCUACAGGAGGAGAAUCUUUACCUAAUUACUGAGGCAGGAGAGCAGGGGAGGUUACCUGUGUUGAUUUUGAGCAUGAGGGAAGAAAGUAGUAUCCAGAAAAGGCCUGCUGUUGUUUUUCUUCAUAGUACUAACAAGAACAAAGAGUGGUUGAGACCAUUGCUUGAGGCCUAUGCUUCGAGGGGAUAUGUAGCGAUUGCCAUUGAUUCUCGCUACCAUGGUGAACGUGCCACCAAUAUAACCACUUAUCAAGAUGCUCUCAUAUCAGCGUGGAAAAGAGGCAAUACAAUGCCUUUCUUAUUUGAUACGGUCUGGGACUUGAUAAAAUUGGCAGAUUAUCUAACACAGAGGGAGGAUGUGGAUCCUGCUAGGCUAGGAAUCACCGGUGAAUCACUGGGAGGUAUGCAUGCAUGGUUGGCUGCUGCUGCUGACACCCGCUAUGCAGUGGUUGUCCCUAUAAUUGGCGUUCAGGGGUUUCGAUGGGCAAUAGACAAUGAUAAGUGGCAGGCUCGAGUUGACAGCAUAAAACCUGUUUUUGAAGAAGCACGAAUUGAUCUAAACAAGAGUGCUAUUGACAAAGAAGUAGUGGAGAAGGUGUGGGAUAGAAUUGCUCCAGGUCUGGCCUCCCAGUUUGAUUCUCCUUAUACAGUUCCAGCUAUUGCACCACGUCCUCUAUUGAUUUUAAAUGGUGCAGAAGAUCCUCGAUGUCCACUCGCUGGUCUGGAUGUUCCCAAAGCGAGAGCACUCAAGGCUUAUGAAGAUGCACAGAGUGCAGAUAAAUUUAAGUUGAUAGCAGAGCCUGGCAUCGGCCACCAAAUGACCGCUCUUAUGGUAAAAGAGGCAAGCCACUGGUUUGAUAAGUUUCUCAGGCGGUGAGGCACUGUUCGCUGAAUCAUGUAAAAUCUAUUUUUCCAGUGUAUUAUGUGUCUGUCAUUUCUUGGCUCUUGUAAGAUUAACAGCGUGUAUUGGUGAAGUAUUGUUGAUACCCGAAAAAUCACGCCAUCAUUUUUUUUUUGGCAAUCAAAAUUUUAUUAAAUAAAAAAGAUAAAACCUAAGAAGGUCCCUUAAAGUUUGCACCACAAUGGGAAGGGUCAUUCAUCAUCAAAGAAUCUCACAGGAGUGGCCACUACAUGCUUGCCUCGACAACUGAUGGAACUCUCACAAG